AUGGAGAGCAUGAAGAGAAUCAACAAGGGACGGGCAGCACUGAGACUAGAAAUAGGGGAGUCAUUACUCCCCUGUGCCUGGGUCGGAGGGGUCCCAGACCAGAACUAUAGCCUAGGAGAGAGCACCAUUCAGGAGCUGUGGCUGUGCACCGAGGAAUGUAGCCACUGCCCAACCAUGGCCCCCGUGUGUGUGGCCCGGCUCGCUGACCUGCCGUGUGACCCUGGCCCGUCCGCAUCACCCCCCGGGCCUCCGGCCGCCCCUCUGUGCAGCGCAGAGGACAGAGGCCGGACUGGCGGCCUGGGAUCCGCCGACGAGAGCCAGCGGUGUCCGCCCACAAGGAAACGGUUAAGGCGACCACGCCCAUCAGCCGAGACCCAGUGGCCGCCUGCAACUACCGUCACCCUGAAGAGCAAGGAGCAGACGCCGCAUCUCCAGAUCCCUGCUCCUGUGGGUGACCUCCCGGGAUCCAGGCCACCGGUGCUCUGUGUACCCACAGCAACCCCUGGCCCUUCAACAGCCUGGUGCCAACACCCAAUGCCCACGUGCUGUCACCACCGGCCAGUGCUGGCGUGUGAAGCCAACACCCCCAAGUCUGCACACCCGUCACAUCACCCGGUCACCUGCCGGCUCCAGCACUGGCCCGCUCGCGUCUCCGUCCACCCAAACCCUCACCACCGGCAAGCGUCCCAGGAGCACUCUCCCUGCUGAGGAAGAAUCGGGAGGUCCAAAGAGAGAGAAAUGACGACCGUCCUUUCUCCCAGAGCCGCCCUCUCCCCCGGAAUCACACUUCAGUCUCGUGACCCCAGAUGUCGCCAAAUAAACGAUUCCCUGGA